UUUAUCAGAAUUUAUGGUUUGAAAUAUCAAAAGUCUAAAACAUUGGGUUGCAAAAAUAAAUAGAUAAGGAAAUCUGAGAAUAUGCUGCAAGAACUCAGGCCCUUUGAAAUAACAUGAUUGAUUGAUUACUUUGAGGAGACUUCUGUUUCAGUGGGUAAAGGAUGGAUGCUUUAACACUCGUUACGUGGAUAGUCGCAUUUUUGGCCUGCAUUCUUAUUCUCGCUGGUCUCGCUGUUCUUCUUUACAUUCUUCUUAAAUAUUACAGAAAGGACUAUACACCGAUACAACAGAUAGACAGAAGCGGGGAAGGAAGAUACAGUCAUGUAUUUUAUGAACGCGAGAAACCGGAAAUACAUCGGAAUUCUGAGGCUGCUUCCAACCUAGAUGUCGUUGAAUUAAGAAACAAUAUCAUUAAGAACUGUUCACCUAGAAGAUCCCAAUCCUUGUUAGAUAUUCCUCACCAUAGGAAAAAGAUAGAUGAAGGAAAUAUUCCUCUUUUACCAAGAAAGGAAGAGUUCGUUGAGUCUCAAUAUUUUGAUUGUCAAGAAUAUCUAGAGCCCUGUUCAGAGGACGAAUAUGAAGAUCUAGAAGAGGAUAGGUUUGACGAGAUUGAAGAACUUCCUGCAAAGAAACAUCAUAAGAAGAAGCUAAGGAAGCUAACAAAGGAGGAAAAAAUGCGCGUGAACGCGCUCAAGAUCAUUUUACUCCAACAGAAGCGCUUAGAAGGAGAGAUGCAUAGAGAAAUAUUUUUACUUGAAGCUGUUUACGACAAGAAGAAAGAGGAUAUUUAUCAGACUAGACGGAAACUGAUAGAAGGCGAACCUGUUGAUCCAGAGUCUGAUCCUAAUAUUGAAAGGGAUCCAGGUAUCCCAGGAUACUGGCUCAAGGUUCUACUAAACUCUAGAAACCUCAAGAAUAUUGUACAAGCAACGGAUAUACCAGCACUGGAGAACUUGGUGGAUAUUUCUGUAACUAAUCUUAUUCAACUCAGUGGGUUCAGGAUCAACUUCAGUUUCAGGGAGAACGAAUAUUUUCGAAAUAUUGUUCUAACGAAGGAUUAUUUAAUCAACUUUAUGCCACCUGAAGAUGCUUCGUUUCUUCAGUAUGAAGGUCCCCAGGUAGUUCAGUGUGAAGGAUGUAAAGUGCAGUGGAAUAGACACAAGAAUCUGACAAUCCGUCCUGUCAAGAAACUACAAAACCAUAAAAUAAUCACAAAGUUUGCCAGAAAGAACUCGUUUUUUAAUUUCUUUAAUCCUCCUGCACUACCUGAACCAGAACACCCACAAUAUCAGAAUAAGAAGGAUCUACUAGAAGCACAUAUACAGAUCGGACUGUUUAUUAAGGAAUACAUUGUUCCUAAAUCCUACCUUUUCUUUACUGUCCCAGACUUUGACAAGGAGAUAGAAAAGAAUGUAGGUCGAAGAAUAUACAGCGGCAGUUCUAAGUCAGGUCGAGGAACUCCUAGAAAACUAUCAGGAUCCACUCCUGCCGAUAUUUGGAAGCUCUCAACCUCAAAGAUAGAAACUCCAAGUGCUAAGAAACUGUCAAUAUCCAACCAGGAUACAGGCCGGAAGAGUGUGUUAGUUGGGAGUACAGGGAGUAGUUUAGUAAAUCAGGAUCAGGAGACAGAAAUUGUUAACAACAUAGAAGAUGAGAAAGAGAAAAAAAUCCCUGACCGUGAUAUAAACGAUAAUAAGAGCUGUUCUAUGAAUUGUUCUGAAAGGGUGGUUGGUAAGGAGGUGCAUGAUGAAGGGGAAACGGAAGAAGAAGAGGAGGGGCAGGAGGAAGGUGAUAGAUCAGGUUCAAAUGGAAUCCUAAGAAAUGGAAAUAUUUGUGUUGAGAUUGAUCCUUUACCUGGUAAAUACAAAAUGGAGUCGUCAGAAAUGUUUGAUGAGUUUCUAAAGGCUCUGGGUGUAGGGAUGGUACGAAGACGACUUGCUGGCUCGGUUGUUCCUAUUAAUGUUGUCGAAAUCGACCAAGAUGGACUUUACACCAUAAAAACACUGACGACUGUCCGGAGCACGGAAAUUUCGUUUAGACUAGGAGAACCUUUUAUUGAGGACACCCUGGACGGUAGGAGAGCUACCACUACUGCUACUAGAACAGGGAAUCUGUUGACCCUGGACCAGGUUGGGAACCCAGGGGAGAAGAACACCGUGUUUACGAGGGAGGUGGAGGGGGACAUCAUGAUUGCUAAAUUAACAGUGGAGAAUGUCACAUGUACCCGUGUUUAUAAAAGAAUGGAAGAAUAGUAAUGCAACAGAGACUAGAGAUAUAUAAAUUAAAUCAAAAAUGGUUUUCAUAUUUUAAAUUUAAAACCACAGUUUGUAUAGGAGUAUCCUAAUGGUCAUCCCACAAGGCUGAGAAUUCAGAGACACUGUGUACCAGUGUAUCGAAUAAAUUCAGCCUUUUUUAACUUUCUGGUUCCCCAGACUCUCUCAACUUGACACUUUUUUACAUAUUUCCCAGAUCAUUAAUUUUAUAUUUAGAAUACUAUUUUCAAGACAAAAAAUUAGAUUUAACCUUCAGAUCGUCAUAUUUAAAGAGUUUAAGGUCGGCAAUAAAGUCUUUAUGGUAACUCUUUACUGUAUUCUACACAUAAACUCUUAUCUACGUUGUUUGUGCUUUAUUUACUAUUUACUUCAUGAAUUUGAAAAAUCAAGUUUAAUUUUCAUAAUUUUGUCCCAGCCAUAACCUAUCCUGUCACAACACGAACUUUAAUAAUUGGUCAGAAGAUCAUCAGUCAAAGUUGCUACAAAUAUUGUAUAGCUGCGUAUAGAUUAUAUCUAAGAUUGUCUUUGUUUCUUUAGAAAGAUCAAGUUCUAAAUAAAAACUUUUAUUGAUAAAAUAAAAAAUGACAAAAUA